CUGUAAACUCUCCACAGGCGCUGAUGGUGGAAUAUGGGUUAAAUUGUCGAGUUGAAUUAUUCAAGAGGAUAAUAUAGGUAUAUUUUCGAAGAAAACAACAUCCUAGGCUAGUUCCAUCUUCAACUCUGGAAUCAAAGUCAUCUAGUCACCCGCACUCAUGGAGAACACAAAAGAAGAGGCCCCGGCCCCGGUUAUGUGUGAGGUGUGCGGGACCUACUUCGAGACGCGGCGGGGUCUCUCCAGUCACGCCAGACUCCACCUCCGACAGCUCGGCGUGGCUGUCUCGGACAACAGCGGAGCUCCCAUCGACUUACUCUACCAGCUGAUUCAGGACAGGGACGGUUCCAUGCACCCACCCAAACCCGUCUACUCUUCAUCCAAAAAACUCAAGGGGUCAGGGACACUCAUCUCCCAGAAGGAGUCCCCUCUCGGGGGUAAGGUCAAAGUAGUGACAACUCCACAGAAUAAUAUAUCUAAGGUAGCUCGUAAAGGGACAGUUUUGGCCAAGCCUCGGCAGUCUUCCAUGUCGUCGUUCCUAACAGCAGGCAAGACACCAUCGGCCUCAGGGGGAGCGAGCCUGGCCUCGGCCAAGCCUGCCUGGGCACCGCAGGAGACGGAUGCCCCUCUCACCCUGGCGAUGGACACCAAUGACGAGGUGCAUGUGUGCCAAUUGUGCGGCGCCUGGUAUGAAUCCCGCAAAGGCCUGGCCAGUCACUGCCGGGCCCACUUGCGCCAGUUCGGCAUCACCGAGAACACCGAGACGAAAGGAGGACCAAUAGAAUUCCUCUACCAGAUCAUGGAAGCGGAAGACCUCCAACCUAUAGCAAGUGAAGGUCUCAACGUCUAUAACCCUUCUAUGUCUUCUAACUCUAACAAACGGCCCUCCGGCUCUGGUUCGUCCACAUCGCCUGCUAGACAUAAAGGACCCCCCUCCUCCUCCCUUCACCAGCCUCCCUCCAACAAACGGCCCAAGCCCUCCGCGUCAGAAGGAACUGCUCCACAGGAUUAUAGGCUCAGCACGGGUGAGUUCACCUGUGUCUUGUGCGGUGAGGAGUUUGAGAACCGCAAAGGCCUAGCAAGCCACUCCCGCUCUCACCUGCGCCAACUCGGUGUCACCGACCUCCUGGGCAAGGCGUCGGCCAUCGACACGGUCCAGCAGCUGGUCAGCAGCGGCGUGCUUGCUGCAUCGGUACGACCCAGUAACACCACCACCAAGACCCCUUCUAGAACCCCAGCUAACGCCCACCUCAGCCCCUUGGCCUCCAGCCACAAUCCCAGGUCCAAGGCCAAGAAGGGCUCCACCCUGGUCUGUCCCAAGCCGGAGCCCCUGGAGAUGGAGCUGGAUGUGGGGUUCUCCAGUCCGCUUGGGGGGUACAGCAGCAGUAAUGGAUCUCAGGGUUCUCAGAAGUGGGCCAAAAAUGGCCAGUCCUUCAACUCCGGUUCAGACCAGGAGCUCAUGAUCACCUGUGAAUUCUGUGGCCAGUUCUUUGACAGCCGCAAGGCCCUGUCCUGCCACGCCCGCUCCCACCUGCGCCAGCUGGGAGUCAUGUGGUCUGUCAACGAGUCGCCCAUCGACCUGCUGAGAGACAUCCUGCUGAAGGAGGGCAGUGCCAAUGCCACCCAGGUCAAGAGGGAGCCAGCGUCCGCUCACUCCAGCGCCGGCCCGGCCUGGGCCAAUCACAGGAGGUUCUCGGAGCCUUCGUGGGCUCCCCAGGGCUCUAAGAGGACUUUCACUCCUCCACUGGACUACUCCCUCAACGACAAGCCUUCCCCUGAUAAGAAUGGAUCCUCCCAGUCUGCCGGGGAGGCGUGCUGUGAGCUGUGCGGCUUUGACUUUGAGAACCGCACGGCGCUGGCGAGCCACGCCCGGGCCCACCUCCGCCAGCUGGGGGUUAAGGAGUGGAGGGCAGAGGGUGUGAAGGCCUCCCCCAUCGAGUUGCUCAGCGCCUGGAUCCAGAGGCAGCCCCGCAAGGCCGAGGAGAUCCACCGCCAGUACCGCGACGGUGACCGCAACAUCAGGUUUAAGAGGAACGCCCCGUCCCACUCUCCCUCCACAGACUCAAGCUCCUUCCACCCGGGAGCCCAGAGGGCUGUGGGGCUGGGGCUGCAGGGCGGGCCGAGAGGUGGCCAGGGUCGCUGGGGUUUCGUCCAGGGCAGCUCAAGGUCAAAGGUCACAGGGGGAGACUGGACACUCGUCAUAUCACCAUCAUACCGUCACUCAUACGCAGUCCCAGGGGGCUAGAGGAGACUUUAAUCACAUACGCUCUCCUAAAGGUUUUGAGCGGCGGGUCCCUAAACACACCGCCCAUACGGAGGGAGCAGAGGGAGACGGCGGCUCUCAACAACCCCCCCGGUCAGGAAACAUCCCUUCCCUGGUUCCCAGGCCUCCCUCCACUCCUCUGGUCAAACAAGUGGGCAAAGAGUACACCCUCAAGUGCAGGUUCUGUGAGGCAGUGUUCCAUGGAUCUCAGUCAGUACAGGAGGACUGGAUCAGACACCUGCAGAAACACAUCCUGGACCUCCGCUUCAACAAGGCCUGUCCUCCCCCUGACCCAGAACGGCCCCUGGUCCCGGGCAUCGAACCCUCAGCCACCACCACCACCCCGGUCCUUCUGGCACCACUGGUGGUUUAAAUGGUCCACUACUAUGGCUACACUCACUGCAUUUCCCACCUCUUAGUUGGAUCGUCUUAUCUGUUGUUCAUCUGUUUGUUUUCCUCAAAGGACUGUUGAACUCAGUCUACACUGUGGUAAAAACACCUAAUAAGGUGUGUGUGUGUGUGUGUGUGUGUGUGUGUGUGUGUGUGUGUGUGUGUGUGUGUGUGUGUGUGUGUGUGUGUGUGUGUGUGUGUGUGUGUGUGUGUGUGUGUGUGUGUGUGUGUGUGUGUGUGUGUGUGUGUGUGUGUGUGUGUGUGUGUGUGUGUGUGUGUGUGUGUUAGUUUAUUUAUUCAGCGUUAAAGGAAUGACUUGGUUUGAAUGAUAACUGCACAAAGUGGAUGUACUGUAGCACUCGUCUUGUCCACCAGCUGUGUGUCUCUAGCUGUUAGCCUGGGGAUAAGGUUAGUGUAGCACAGACAUAGCUGUACCAGCCUCAUAUCAACUCUAGAGGGCCUACUUGGGCCAGGUGAAGAAGUCUACUUUCAGUAACUACUCUUGCUGGGUUAACUUAGACAUGGGGUCAAACAAACUAACAUUCAUUCACCAUGACACAUUCCUACCACUUAGUAGUCUAGCAAUGGUUACAUUCCAUGUCUUUAUUGGGAUGUUUAUUGCACAUUGUUUUCAUAGAAACCUAAAUUCAUAGUAGUCUGACAUUGGAUGGAAUGGGUUUCCAUAGACUGUAGUCACUGAUGUCACUGAAGAAGUAAGGCAAAGCCUGUUCGAGCAUUAAAUACAUUCCCCUUGUUUCAACUGUUCCAAAGCAGUGUGGCAUUAUAGGUUGCAUUGCAGAAUAGCAGGGAAGGAAGCAUGUUCACUUUUGAAUUAUGGUCUGAAAUUUCCCUAUUGUACAGGAAUUUGUAUUAGCUUUUUUAAUGACUGAUGUUUUUAAAUGUAGAACUGUUUUCUGAAGUAAAUAAAUAUAAGACAAGGUUUUA